AUGGCGUCCCUUGAGGAGGAGGAAGACCGGGACUUGGGAGGAUCCCAAGAUGGAAGUAGUGAUAAUGAAAUGGAGGACAAUAUGCGCGACAUUGACGAAGGCGAUGGCGAUGGAGAUAAUGACAAUGACAACGAACCGGAUGCCGACCAAGACCAAUAUCAAGAUCAAGACCCGGAUAGCCCUUCAAAUGCUAGUCAGGCCUCGGAAGGAGCUGGAUUGGCGUCGCAACAAAAUCAAGAUACGAAUAUGACAUCCCCUGGAAAUGCAGAUACCUCCAUGGCGGACUCCUUCUCCAUCUACCACCCUAGCGUGCGCCCAGAAUGCCUGUCGGCCAAAACCUAUGAUAUCCUCCCUACCACUGCCGCCCCUCACAGUACCUCAAUCAAUGCAAUUGCCACAACCGCCGAUAUGCGCUGGGUUUUCAGCGGCGGGUCCGAUGGAUACACGCGAAAGUUCAACUGGGCUGAAUCAAUCAACAGUAAGCUCAUGUUGACUGUGGCGCAAAGGCACCCCUUUGUCGACAGUGUUGUCAAAGCUGGUGUGUUAAUGACAUAUUGGGAAAAUAUGGAUGGAAAUAGUCUGUCGCCAGUUUACUCCCUCGCAUGUCAAAGUGAAGGGCUCUGGCUUCUCUCAGGAUUAGAGUCUGGCGCUAUUCGACUACAGUCGUUGCGUCACGAUGAAGGCAAAGAGAUUGUACAAUUACGACAACAUACAUCAGCUGUUUCCUCGUUGGUCUUGACUUCGGAUGAGGCGUCGCUUCUGUCAGGCAGCUGGGACAAACGAGUCUUUGAUUGGGAUUUGAAUACUGGACAAGCCCGUCGAGCAUUUGGUGGAAGCGCUGUUCAAAUAUCUACAGUACAGAUUCGCCCAGAAUCCAGUCUCCCCGUUCCACAGGAUACGAUCGAUUUUAUGUCUAAUGGUGGCACAUACUCCUCCAAUUAUCAGGCCCGAAACAUAGACAAAUUCAAUUCCAUGGAUCACUCUCAAGACGCAGGAGACGCAGGUGCUGCUGAAAACCCGCAGGCGGGUUCACCGGCAGAUUCUCUAUUCGGCGGAGGAGAUUCAUUGUUUGGAGAUGCAGAUGGUGGCGCUGCUGAUGGAGGAGAACCCUCGGGUGGUGUGUUUGGAGUCGAUGAGGAUGAUGAGUUUGGCAAGGCUAUGGCAAGCGGCCUGGCGGACGCAGAUGCUCCCGGAGAGGUUGAUACUGAGCCCCCACAAGCCGACAUGAAACAUCAGCCAGAUUCUGCUGCGCCCGAGCCGAACGUGGGGGCAGAUGGUCCAGAGCCAAAUCGCGAGCAUACAGAUACCGAGAUGUCAGGUACUGAGCCACCGCCACAUGUGAAUGGACUCCCCAAAGCAGAAGAUAUCGAAUCAUUCAAGAACCAAGAUCUAUCUCACGCUGCUCCGACCGAGCAGCAAGGAUCCGGGACCGAUACUACAUUCCUGGCAGCGUCUAUUGAUGGAACGAUUCGGGUGUGGGAUAGACGCCAACCAGAUCCAGUGGCUCGGAUCAGUCCACGUAAUGUUCCACCAUGGUGCAUGAACGCGUGCUGGUCUCCAGAUGGAAACUACAUCUACGCUGGACGACGAAAUGGCACCGUAGAAGAGUUCAGUCUACACAAGGGUCUGCGGGAGGCCGAACGCACAUUCAAAUUCCCUCAAGGGAGUGGUCCGGUGACAGCACUCAAGGUGAUGCCGAACGGCCGUCAUUUAGUCUGCGCCUCUCACGAUAUUCUACGUCUGUACGACUUGCAACAUGACCAAGCAUCCCGCCAAGCCACCACUCCAUUCCUAAUCAUUCCAGGUCAUCGUACAGGCACCAUCUCUCAACUCUACAUUGAUAAUGCAUGUCGCUUCAUGAUCUCUGCCAGUGGAAAUCGCGGCUGGGAGGGAAAUACCACGGAUGUUUUCCUGGGCUACGAGAUCGGAGUUCCUCAAUGA